GUUGCCAUGAUGCCGCGCACCUCCGCGAUGCGAAAGCGAGCACCGGCAACAGCCGGCUUGCUGGUGGUGGUGGCUUUUGGCAUGAUUUCGCCUACCCAGCCCAGCGUGGGCUUCGUCCUAGCAAAUAGAAGCAGCGCACCCCGGGCUCCAAGAGUGCAGAUACAGGCAAGCACGCAGGCGAGCGGCGAUGCAAUCGACUCCAAGCCCUUCCCAGAUUGGUUCCCUUUCGCGAGCAUGCUGAAUGAUUGGCUGAAAGACAUGGUUGAUGCUGCCUCUCAGCCUCCUCGACGGUCGGUCACACUGAGCGAGUACGAGGCGAUGAACGACGAGAUUGCAGACAUGCGCGUUCGACUUCAAUCCGCUCGGGAUCGCGAAAGAAGAGCCGAGGCUGCCAUGGAGGAAUUGGAGGCACUCAUGGAGAAAGAGCGACAGGAGAUCGAGGAGGAGAUUGCAUCCUUGACCCGGAAAACAAGAGGAACGACAACAACCUGA